GAGGGAGGGAGGGAGGGAGGGAGGGAGGCAUGGUUUUUCCAACUUUCUGUGUGAAUGUUUUUGUAUGUAGAAGGAAGGAAGGAAGUAUCUGAUCUUCUUCGUUAUUCUCUGUCUCUCUCUGUUUGUUCGUUCAGAUUUCCAACAAGAGUAGUGUAGAGUAGAGUAGAGUAGAUUAGAGCAUCUCGCAAACCCCAACAAUGGCUUCCAUUCUAUCAAAGAAGAAGAAGAAGAAGAAGAAGAAGAAGAACAAGAGAGAGAAAUACAGUAUUUCAGAGCUGAAAACCCUAGGCCACCAGCUUCUGUCUUCCAGGGCUCACAUCAACAACCUACCUCUCCUCAUGAGCUUCGUCUGCUCCGGUACCUCUCCGCCGUACUACGCCCUCGAAGCUCUUCUCUCCGUUCAGUCUUUCUUCACUCCUAUCCUCCCCGACCUUCCUUCCCACCCCCAAGGCGACCCCCAAGAUCCCGAAUUCAUCUACCGCACUUGGCUCCGAUCCAAGUUCGAUGAUUUUGUCAAUUCCCUCAUCGAUAUUGCCGUAUCUCCCCAAUCCAAAGAAGCUCUCAGGCUUCAUUCAACUGUGGGAAUUGAAAUUUUCUUAGAUUUACUUGUGUCAAAGUACUUCAACUACAUUGACAUCCGUUAUUUUACUUACAUCACUAUAGAAAAGUUGGCUCGAACACUGGGGGCGAAAGACAUUUCUGACAAUAAAAUUGUGAGUGUAGACGGCAACAACAAAAGUCAUUCAAGAACAAGUGUAGAGCUCCCUAUUCACAAGAUAUAUCGUAUCUUAUCACACAUCCCCCCUUUAGAAGGCACGGAUGAGAAAGCUGAACAUGAGAUGUGGAAUGGAUCAGGAGUCUUUAUUAAAGAAGGUGAUCACAAAGAGCAUUCUCGAUAUCCAAAAGCAGAUGAUAAACAGAACAAGGUAUUGUCUGCAGUUAAUAUUGCCAAAAAGAUGAAAUUGAAGUUUACUAAAGCUUGGAUAUCAUUUCUUAGGUUACCACUCCCGGUUGAUUUGUACAAGGAGGUUCUUGUUACACUUCAUCAGGCAGUUAUCCCUUAUUUGUCAAACCCAAUCAUGUUAUGUGAUUUUCUGACGAGAUCAUAUGACAUUGGAGGUGUUAUCAGUGUCAUGGCUCUUAGCAGCUUGUACAUUCUUAUGACACAGCAUGGCCUUGAGUAUCCUAACUUCUAUGAGAAGCUUUUUGCACUAUUGGUACCCUCCAUCUUUAUGGCAAAGCAUCGGGCAAAAUUUUUUGAGCUUCUUGAUUCAUGCCUAAAAUCACCACUUCUUCCAGCAUAUUUAGCUGCUGCUUUUGCUAAGAAAUUGAGCAGACUGUCACUUUCAGUUCCUCCGUCAGGAGCGUUGGUCAUUAUUGCUUUGAUUCACAACCUUUUACGGAGACAUCCUUCAAUCAACUGUUUGGUUCAUCGGGAGAAUGGUGAUGGAACUUCUAGGGAUAAUUCUAGAGUGGAGGAUGGUGAAACCGAGGACUCCUGUACCAAACCAGAAAUAUCUACCGAACCAGAAAUAUCUAGUAAAAAAUCAGGGAUUGAUCAUUUCAACAAUGAGGAAAGUAAUCCUGUGAAAACUGAUGCAAUGAGAAGUUCUCUUUGGGAGAUUGAUACCCUCCGUCACCACUACUGCCCACCUGUAUCAAGAUUUGUUUUGUCGCUUGAGAACGAUUUGACAGUAAGAAGCAAAACGACUGAAGUUGCGGUUAAAGAUUUCAGUUCUGGUUCAUAUGCAACAAUAUUUAGAGCGGAGAUUGGACGAAGGGUAAAACAGGUUCCACUUGCAUUCUACAAGGCAACUCCCAGCUCUUUGUUCUCGGAGUCUGAUUUUGUUGGUUGGACUUUCAAAUAUAAAGAAAAUGACGAGUUGUUUACUAGUGGUGUUGAUAACAAAAACAUAGACAUAUCUGAAGAUCACGGUCAUGGUUCUGCAAAGCGCCAGCGAAUUGAGUGCUUGUGAAGCAAGUGGCGUCUUUAUUGUUAUCAAGUUUUGACUUGUUGACAAUGUCUAUUUUGUAGCUUAUAUGCUUGGAAGCCGUUUACCUGGUUCUUUUUCCAUUUUUCAUAUUUCUCUACAAUUCCUUUUCUUUUCUUUUCAUUUUUAAUAGAUGUUAAUGUAAUUGGAGUUGCAAAUAUUUCACUUAUUAAUGGAUCCAUUCUCAUGGGGAUUUUUCUGAAA